UUGGCUGAAGGAAUUUGGGUCUGGGUUUGUUUUUCUCUCUCCAGCAGCAGAUUUCACAUCCAGUAUAAAACAGCUGACUGGCUGCAGACUUUUGACACCACAGACUCACGGGAGGUUCACAAACAUUAUCAAAUGAGCUGCAACUGUUGCUGCUUGGAUGUAGCAUUGCAUCACUGAGGUGAAAUGAGUCAUGUUCUGUCAUCCUGCAAAUAUUGCUCACACAUUAGUCAAUACACUGAUGCAACAGAGUAGAAAUAUUUUUUAUUUGCAGUCAAUUUUCUGCAGGAAAAGCUGUUCCUGGGGAGAGAAAGCUUGAAAAGAUAACACAGGAGACUCAUUCCUUUAGUUAUGGAGGAUGAUUUUGGGAAGUACCAGGAAAACCAGGAGUACCUCAUGCUCUAAAGUCUCUUAAGGUUUACCUCUCUGAGUGCCCCACUUACACUACCUUACACAUUUACACCUUCCCAUUUAUUUUAUUUUAUUUUAAAAUAAAUUCCAAACCUGUGAGGAAAGAAGCUCUAAUUGGUACCUUGCAGCCAUACUGUCAUACUUCUCACCUUUCAUAAUUACAGGACCCCUAUUGGUUGGAUGAGUGGCAGCACAGGAGCCAAUCCUGGAGCAGGCGAACUGUAUCACAUGCCUUUUUGCAUGCAUUUUAAAGGAGAGAGCUCCUUUAAAAUGUUUUCGUGUGUGUCCGGCCCAUACAGAGAGCAAAGAAGGUUUAGACAGCUCAGAUAACCAGAGUGAAGACAGCCCCCUCCCCUUUCCCAAGAGAGCUGCUGGACCAAGAGGUGAUCACAAGAGGCCACAACUUCAGCACCUUCUGCAGGAAGCACAAAGAAACCACAGAAAAUGGCACGUGUUGGACGACCGUCGCUUUCCCUGAUCCACACAGGAUUCCUGUUAGCAGCUGUUUUAUUACCAGACUUUCUGGGGGCCGUUCCAGUGGAGCAGCACAAGCAGGAGGAAGUGGCCGCUGUGUCUGAUGAUGUGAAAGCCGAGGCGAUGACCAGCCUAAAAAAGCUGGUUCGCGACAGAAGGAACGUCCCCGUUGUGGCUGUGCCCCAGUUCAAACGCGUGCCUGACUUCUGGGGAUGGUACAAAUACUUCAUGGACAGCCACAACCAGGAGGGAGUUGAGGACCUGGAUCGUCUUUAUGUGGCUUACCUGCAGAACAAGCACAGGUCAGAAGAGGGACCGACUUUUAACCACUACCUCAACCACCUCAGCGAAAUCUACAAGACCUGUGCCGAGUCAGAAGAUCCGGAGUGCAUCGCCGAGUUAACUAGCAAACCAAAGGCGGCCGUGGCGAUGCCUGCCCCCAUCAAGUCUGCUGAUGUCAGGCUGUGCAACCCCUAUACUGACCCCUACUGCAUGUUCCCUGUUACCAGCAAAUCUGCUGCCCCUGAGCCACCUUCAGCUCCAGCCAGAGUGCCAGCGCCUAUCUAUACCCCAGUGCCAAUGAAGAGCCAAACUGGUUUCUACUACUAUGCUCCUGUCCUGGAGCCCUUCCUGGGUGCUGAGAAGAGGGCUGAAUUGCUCAGAAUCUGCCAACCUGAAGAUGUAGAGUGUCUGCAGUACCACCUGAGAGCAGCCUAUGGGUACCGUCCAGCCCAAGGUCCAGCUCCAUCUUAUGCUGCCCUCAAAUGCAACCCAAAGGAUCCCUACUGCAUGGCUUCCCUGGUCCAGAAAUCUCCUACUGGCUUCUACCACUUGAUGCAACCCAGCUGUGACCCAGCUGUGGAUCCUCUGUGUGCAACCAACGCUCCCGCUCCUCUGGCUGCUAAAGAGCAACACUGCAACCCCCUGUUUGAUGCAGGCUGCAACCCUCUGACUGCUACCAGGCUGGCCAGCCUGACCAAGCCUGUAGUAGAGUACGCCCCCAUGAAUCAGCCUGCACACCCUGCUGCUCCUCUGUCCUGCGACCCUCGCUACGACCCAUACUGCAUACUGGCAGCUGCUGCCGCUCUGCGCAAGUCCCCUCCACAGCUCCCAGAGCACCAGGUACGCUACAAGCUUGGUGUCCGUGGCAAGACCAAGGAGGGCUACGACUGCUAUGUGCAUUAUGACAAAGACUGCAUCCCAGUCAAGAGUAGUCCUGAGGCCAAGGCUGACGUCAUGGCUCCAGCCAAGCUCUUCUGCCAUCCAUUUGACCCCAACUGUCACAAGUUUGCUCCACCCUCUGGUGCCAAGCCCCUGAAAUCCAGUGAGGAUAGCAUAAUCCUGCCAGAUCCAGACUGCGAUCCUGAAUACGACUACAACUGCCGCCUGCACCGUGCUAAGCCCGUCGCCGCCGCCGCUGCAGAUGAGCCGGCCAAGGAAGCUGCUAGUCCACAGCUUGCUGUUCCACGCUUCGAAGAUUUCCUCAGGGGCGUCAUGAGCCAGUACAAAUAGAUUUUAAAAUAAAUCAGUCUCAGAACCAACACCUGCCAGGCAAUGCAGCUCACUCUGCAGUCUCUAAUUUUCCUCGACCACAACCUUCGACAGAAGCCUCAAGGCCUCACAAGGCUUCAGAUCAAUCAUAAAACAAUGCAGCUUUUAAAUAAUCCAUCUCAUUCUCUCAAACAAGGUGAAGGCUUCCUAGUUUCAGUCUGGUCUUAUAAAGUAGGAACAAUAAAA